UUAUUAAUGGAAGGCACCGGAAGAAGCGCUGAAUGCACGUACUAAAAGCGUGAGAAGGGAAUAAAGCACGAUUUACCAUAUGCGGAAAGUCGGGAAAGAAAGAAGCGGCAAACAGCUUCAACUGCACAUGCGCGGAAAUACUUCAUGAGUCACGUUUUGUUGCCAGUAGGUGAAAUUUUCUGUUACGCGUAUUUAUACGAUCGUCUUCUGCUGCGAAGUGGCCGAUCUCCUCGUGCGAAUUCCUCCAUCGAUACUGGUCAAGCUGCAUGCCAUAUUAGUUUCGCUAAUUUGCUGCAGAAACUGGAUGAUCUGAUGACGACGGUUAUUCUGCCGUUGUUGGUGGUGAUUCUGUUGCAAGGCGUUUCUGUAGGAAGCUCGAAGAAUGAUUCUCCUCCUGCAUUGUAUGUUUUUGGCGAUUCGUUGUUCGAUAGCGGGAAUAACAAUUAUUUGCUGACUCUAGCGAAGGCGAACUUCCGGCCGUACGGCACGGAUUUCAUGAGAGGACCGACGGGGAGAUUUACCAAUGGGAGAACUGUGGUGGACUUCAUAGCGGAAUUCGUCGGCUUGCCGUAUUCACCGCCAUACUUGAGCUUCCAAAGAAAACUUCUCAAAUCAGACGAAUUGCCGCUGACAGGCUUAAAUUUUGCCUCUGCAACCUGUGGAAUUCUUUCCGAUACAGGAAGCACCUUGGGAAAAUGCCUGAGCCUGGAAGAGCAAGUGAACUACUUCCAACAAAUAGUGGAAAAGAAAUUGCCAGGACACUUCACCAAACAGAAUGAUUUAUCAAAUUAUUUGUCGAAAUCAUUGUUCAUGGUUUCUGUAGGCAGCAAUGACUACAUCUUCAACUAUAGCGACCCGCACACGGACACCAGCAAACGGUACUCCCCUCAAGAGUUCGCUGAACUUCUCACGAACAGUCUUUCGCAACAAUUGCGGAGAUUGUAUAACUUGGGAGCAAGAAAACUGGUAGUGUUCGGGUUAGGACCAAUAGGAUGUAUUCCCCAUAAUACAGUGCGAUUCACUCACAGUGGACCAUGUGUGGAGAAUAUCAAUCGGCCUGCAGUCAUGUUCAACAAUCAGGAGGCCAAGAUGCUAGAGAAUUUGACAUCAACUCUUCCAGGCUCAUCCUUUAGUUUUGGCAAUGGUUACUGGAUCGGAUUAGAUGCGUUUAUGAAUCCAUCGGGAUAUGGUCUAAGCAAUUCGAGCAAAGCAUGCUGCGUUACAUGGAUGAAUGGGACGUUGGGUUGCAUCCCGGGGCUGAAGGCACUGGCCUGCUUUGAACCUAACAAAUACUACUUCUGGGAUGGGUUUCAUCCUUCUGAAACUCUCUAUAGAACUAUAGCCACUAAUUGUUUCAAUGGCUCCUCUGUUUGUAUUCCCAAAAAUGUUAAGGAGCUGAUACAAAUUUGAAGAUGUUGUGAAAAACUAUAUAUCAAUGUCCAUUUGGGUGUUUAUGUUA